CGGUUAGCAUUUUAGCAUUCAUUUAGUAGGCACUCUACAACAAAAACAAUCAUCGAGUCGCUUUCUCUUCAUCGUGGGAUUUAUUUUUCUGCUAAUUAGGUGCUUCAAAUUUGGGCUUUUGUUCAGCUUUACGCUGCAACAAUCCAUCCUCAUGAUGGUCGUGAGGAGUGAUCUCAAUAGAAGGCGGAAAAGAGAAGGAAGUGACGCGACUGUCGCUGCAUCAACUCCAAACGAAGACAUCGAGAAAAGGACCAAGGUGCAUGCUCAGCGCAAGUUUGCUCAAGGGUCCUCCUUGAGCAGUCCAGCUUUGACGCCUGUCAAAGACAAAUCAAAGGGAAACGGUUCGGCACCUGAGCCACUGGCUGAAAUGAUUCCAGCCAAGAGGCCAAAGACCACUGAUUUUCUCACCUUUUUGUGCUUGAGAGGAUCCUCCUUCUUACCAUCAAGGUUGAAUUUUUUCAACACACCUCCACCAGUUGCCAACAAUGACCCAGAGCCUGUCAUCAAUGGUCACGCCAUGCACAAAUCACCACCUGCCAAGGCAGAAAAAGCUGUACCUGAAUUGCCAAUGAACAGGAAGGCAAAGGAAGUUGUGAAAGGGACCAAAAAAGCUUCAACUACUAGUACUGUACAAGCUUUAAAGAAAAAAUAUCAGGAGCAGAGGUUGACCUCUAAAACAAGAUCUGGUGUACUUAACAAACUCGCACAGAAAGGUACUUUGAGUAGAGGAGUACUCAAUAAAAAAUUACAUCGAUUUGAACUCUCAGCCAAAGACAAAAGCUUGUCAAGAACUAGAUCUGGAGCUGUUGUGGAGAAAAAACCUCCACCCAAGGAAACUGUGUUGCCGCCCAAGCCGGCAAAAAUAGUCAAAGCCAAACUCUUGGCUAAGGCUUCACCUGAAAAAGCACUGACAUCUCAAAGGCGUUCAACCCGCAGUUCAGGAAUAGGCGUGGAACUAGUGCGGCCAGCAGAUCCUGUUGUAAAGAAGAGCAAAGUAACUGGCAGAGUUGGCUUGCGCAGUGGUGGCAGGGUAACUGCAAAACCUCUGCCUGUUACGAAGAGAACUAAAGGAAAAGCCCCUAUGAAGCCCAAGCCAAAAGAGACUGAAGAGAUGGAGGAAUCAAGUUCAGAAGAUGAAAAAGAAGUAGAAGUGAAGAAACCUAAAAUUGUCGAGAAGCCCAAGACAGGAAAGGAGGUGCCUGUCAAAAAGGUCAUUGAUCAGGUUGCCAAAAAGCGCUUGAUUAUGACAAAAACUGUGCAGCAGAAAAAGGCUAGACUGCAAACUCGCAGCAGUGUAUCAAACCCGCCAGAGAAAAGGAUGGCCAGUAAUUCGCCUUCACCACCACAAAGGAACAGAAGGUGUCGUAAAAGCAAGGAACGAGCUAAAAUUUACAUGGAACUCUGGGAUAUGAACCCUGAUGAUGACGAUGAUGACGAUGAUGACGAUGAUGUCAGCUCUCUUUACAGUUUUCCAGACAUCCGUAGACAAUCAGUGGAAAAAAGGUCACAUUCUCCUCCAAGUAAGAAGAGGAAAGUUGAAGCAGAAAAAUUGUCCAAAGAAUCAGCAAAGAAUGAAACACAGAAGCAAAAGUUUGUCAACAAAAUUCCUUGCAAAACAACUAUGACACCAAAACCAGCCAAAGAGAUGAAAAAAAGUGAACCAGAAAAAAUUGCUCAACCAAAGAAGGUCAUUGAGAAGAAAAAGCAAGAUGUGCAGAACCCAUCUCCUGUAGCAGUGAGGAAAACUCGCGGUAGUGUUUUACCGGAGACGUUGAGGUUUUCUGACUCAGAAGAUGAGAUGCUGGACAAGAAAAUAAUGAAAAAGGUGGAGGGUCGAAAAAGGAAAGCUGAAAAGGAAGAUAAGGAACUAGUGAGGGAAAAGAGUCCUGCACCAGCAACCACCAGGAGGGCCACAAAAGCCAAUGCAGACAAAAUUAAAGCUCAGAGCAUGAGCCAGUUGGUUCGCUUUACGAAGAAGAAGUUCUUGACCGUUAGAAAAACAACCGAGGAAUGUAUUCAGAAAUUGAUGGCGAACACUCUUGAAAGACUCAACAAGCAAGAAGAGGAGGAACCUGAUAAAAUUGAUUCGGAUGUGAUCGAGGAACCUGUUAUUCAGAAUUUUGAUCUUUCAUACUCCAAAAAUAAGGAGCAGGAGAAACAAAAAUCUCAUGCUAACAGAAAGGACUUGGAAAUAGAGAAAAAUGAGCUCAACCUAGGGAAAGAGCUAGUGGCCAAGAAGUCUGCAUCUGUGGUCCCACCGCCAGCUAAACUCAUUCCAAAAGCUGGAGAUAAGUUCUAUGCUAAAAAGACUGCAUCAAUUUACCCUCCAUCGCCAGCCAAAUUAAAAAGACUGACUAAAUCGGUCAUGGAAAAGACUGCUGCCAAAGAAAAAGCAGAUAAAGAAAUACGCAAAUCAACGGAAGUCAAAAUAGCGCCAAAACCAGCUCCUGACACCCACAAGAUGAAGCCGGAAGAAGUGAAAGUAGUCGCCAGUCCUGCUCCUUCAAAGACAGUGCAGUCUUCUCAAAGUAGACAGAUCUCCGCCCCCAACUUUGUGAUGAUAAAUUCGACAACACAGGACGUGUUGCUCAUCCCAUCAGUGCCGGCCGUAUCAUCUCCGAGCAAGUACUUUGUUUGCAGGAAAGACAAUGCUGCAGUUGGUGUGCAAUACAUGAUGGUGCCUACUGGAAAGGUCGUACUGCCUGUGACUGCACCUCUGCAGCAGGCGGAAGUCAAGAAACCUGUGGUGAAAAAACAAGAGCAAACUCCAAAGAUAGAUGAACCCAAGAAAACUAAAACGGCUAGCACUCCCCAAAGCACAUCAUCCACGAGUGGUGUGCCAAGCGGGAAAAAAUCUGUACCUGACAAAGGUGAGAAAAAGGGAAUAUUCCAAAGAGCCCGCGAGAAAGUGAUGAAAAGCACGGCCAAGAGUUCAAACCCCUUUAGUCCAGAAAAUGAGAGCAGUGUUUACGCAUUUGACACAGAUCCAGAGGAGGAAACUCCAGCAAGUCCUCCAUUUAGGCGCAAGAAAGAGGAAUCAUCCCCGAGCUCAAGUCAAAAGCAAACUUCAAUAGCAGUGCAAGUGAACUUGGACGAGACAGUUGUUGAACCGAGCUUCAAUACACUUAAAUCCUCGACAGUCCAACCAGGCACGCCACCGAGUAAGUCAACCCAGAGAGUUGAGGAAAAAAGUGGCACUGAAGGCCCAAUCUUGAAAGAACCAAUGCAACCAAAACUAGUCACAAGCGUUCCAGGAAAAUUUUCUGCGCCGCUUAAUGCUACGGGCCUUGUCAGAUCUUCACAACAUCCUGCAGCUACGGUUGGUAAAGCUGCAGGGAAGCCAGUACAAAGCAAGAGUGCUUUGCACGCUGGUAAAUCAGACGCCAAGGCACCCCCUGCGCCUGCCCCAGCUCAAAAAAGCGAUUCUAGUGCAACCGCUAGUUCAAAGACGCCCCAAAGCGGCAACCCUAUGCAAGCAGUCAAGAAGCCUCAGCAACCUGAACCGAGUGCUUCAACCAGCAAGAGUUCUGCCUCAAUACCUAGAAGCGUAACUCCGAAGAGUGGUAGUGCCAAAAAAGCACCACUGCAGAGACAAGGAAGUAUAGGGAGCAGUUCAAAGGAAGCCAAAGCCACAAGGCUCUUUGAACCCCAAUCAACACCCAACAAGUUCCCUGCUCCUGGAGGUUCGAAGGGUACAGUUUUUGAGGCUCCAGUAUUCUAUCCAACAGAAAAGGAGUUCCAAGAUCCCUUUGAAUACAUUGAGAAAAUCUCUUCUCAAGCUGAACAGUUUGGAAUUUGCCGAAUUGUGCCUCCUUCAUCAUUCAAACCUGAGUGCAAAGUCAGUGAUGACAUGAGAUUUAUGGCAUAUAAUCAGUAUGUGCAUAAGAUGGUAAGUCGUUGGGGACCAAAUGCUAAAGAAACCGCAGCCAUCAAGAAACUGCUCAAGAAGCAAAAUGUUGCUUACACCCAUCCUCCAUGGAUUGGUGGCAUGGAGAUUGAUCUUCCUAAGUUCUCACAAACUGUGCGCAGUCUUGGCGGUCUUAAGGGAGUCAUUGAGAAAAAGCGGUGGCAGAAGGUUGCUGAUGCUAUGAAAAUCCCGAAAUCGGCACAGGACAGAGUUUCCAAGCUGGAUGACAUCUACUGCCAAUUUUUACUCGCUUAUGACACUUUGUCUCCUGGGGAAAAGCAAGAGUUGCUUGAUGAAGUAGAGAGUGAGUGGGAUGAGAGGCAGAAAGAGGAGAAUGCAAAUGAUGAUGAUGACGAAAACUUUGAUGACAACGAAGAAUGCAUCACCAAGGGUCGCAACAUGCCUCUAAGUGCAUUUUACCGUAUCGCACGAAACACUAUGAGCAUGUGGUUCAAGACGCCAGAGCCGUCUGCUGCUGAAGUCGAGGCCGAAUACUGGAGAAUCACCAGGGAGCGUACAAACCACGUGUGCGUCCACUCUGGCAGCAUCGACUCGGGUGUUUGGGGCUACGGUUUUCCAACAAACAAGAACAGCUCUUGUGCCAAACAUCCGUGGAACUUGAAGGUUCUCAGUAACAACAGUGGCACCAUUCUGCGCAGUAUGGGGUCAGUGAUGGGGGUCACGGUCCCCACCCUUCAUGUUGGAAUGCUUUUCUCCACCUUCUGCUGGUACAGAGACCCACAUGGCUUGCCAUGGAUCGAAUAUUUGCACACUGGAGCCAGCAAAAUUUGGUAUGGAAUACCAAACAGCCACAGCACAUCUUUCAAAAAUGCAAUGCGGACCAUCGUGCCUAGGUACUGCAGGGACAAGACUAUUUGGCUGCCCUCAGACAGCUCAAUGGUUCCUCCUGAGCAAUUGAUCUCACAUGGCGUCUCUCUCUGUCGAACUGUUCAAGAGCCAGGACAGUUCAUUCUGAUUUUCCCAAAGGCUUUCACAUCCAGUGUCAGCACUGGUUAUUUGGUCAGUGAAAGCGUGUACUUUGCUCAGCCCAAGUGGCUCAAAACCGCUCAAGAAAUAUUUAAGGAGUUGAAGGACAGCAAUGAGCCAACCAUGUUUUCCCUGGAGCGACUGUUGUUCAGUGUGGCAGAGGAUAACCGAUGUCAUGCAGACGUCCUGAAGUUGGCCCUGCCACUGCUCAAAGCCAUAGUUGAGAGAGAGGAGUCUCUUAGGGAUACUUUGAAAAAUAUCGGGCUCAAGAGCUCUGAACGCCUCCCACUGCCUGAUUCCUCUAAGAAGGCAAGAAGCAACACUGAUGAGGACAAUGAGUACGAAUGCGAAGUCUGCAGGGCCAAUUUAUACUUGUCAAUGAUGACAAAUCCUCAAGAGGAGGCAGUAUAUUGUUUGCCUCAUGCCAUAGCCAAUCUGAACAAGAAGAAACAUCAAAUCAAAAACAGCAAGCUGCUUUACACUUAUGAUUUGGCGGAGCUCAAAGAGAUAGUGCUCACAGUGGAAGACAGAAUUGAAUCCAAGAGCAGCAAGAAAAGCACCGGAAAAUAGACUGAUGGCGAUACCUAAUUACACAUUCACCUUUGCCUUUUUGUACAUCCUUCCCAGAAACCUGAUUGCCUUGAAUGCAGUUUUAGAGUUUAACAAGAAUCAUAAUUGAGGUAGAUGUUGAAAAUAUAAGAUUUUUACAUUAAUCAUUGCCCAAUUAAUGCAUGAAAUAUCAAUAUUUUUAAUACAAUAUUGAUCAUUAUAUGUAUAGUCUGCUUAGCAACAAGAUGACCAAGCACAGUGUUCAUAUUAUAUGGUCACUGCUUUAGGCUGUGUGCUUGCGAAGUCCUCUUCAGUUGUCUUCAAGCUCUUUGUGCAAUUUUGUUCAAAUUUUGCAUAUAAUAAUGCAUUUAUUUAUUAUUUGUCAAUGAUUGUUAAUGAAUUGCUCAUUUUGUAUAUGUACUUAAUUGGACCUUCAAUAAUUGAUGUGAAUUAAAUUUUAUUGUAAAAUAAACUGUACAUCUAUAGAUCUGCCCAUAAGCUUACCGCACUGAUAUUGUGCAAUAUUUUAUUUUAGCUCAAAUAUUUGGCUAACGUGAAUAUAUCAACAACUAUUAUAUAGUGAAAUAAUGCUUCACACAAUAAGCAUAUCAAUUUAAACACUGAAAGCGUUGCCUUCUUCAUGUCAGCGAUUUUUUAAAUAAACGAACUUUAGUUUUAGUUGUA